AUGGCGGAGAUACCAAGCAUGACCCCGGAAGUCCCGAGCAUGAUUCAAGACUCCUCCUCCGAACUCCCAUCCUUCGCACCCUCACGCCGAGCCACAGUCCCCGGUCGUCGAUCGCCAUCACAACCAGCCCCAACCAUCUACCUCAGAGGCUUCAACUGCGUCGCUAGCGACCCGGAGUACGACCUUGCACGAAGUGUGACUGGAAACGUGCAGCCGUACUGGUUUGAAGAGACGCGGAGUCCUGCAGUCCACUAUGACCCCUCUCGAAGACAGAGAAGAUUGAAUGCGACGCGGCGAGCUGAUCGGGUUGGAGACGGUCAUCUCGUCAUUCCCAACACUGAGGAAGCUAAGGGGUCGGACAACAAGAAGAUGCAGCGAGAAGAGGCAAAGGAAGCAUUCAUGGAAGCCAUGUGGCCAACAAUUCUCGACGAGUACUUGUCAAUGUUCGGUCUGACAGGACUCUCGCCAAAGCAAGAGAAACGGAUGAAGAAGGACACGAUGAUCUAUCUAGAAGAGGAGUGGGCUAUCCUGGAGGAAGAGCGUAGGGUUGAGGAGCGAGAGCGAGAGAAGAAGGAGGAGCAGGGAAAGCCUAUCGUUCGCUUGCCGGUUCGCAAUAUCUCGGAUGCUCCAGUAGCGCCGGAGGAGAAGUUCAAGAUGAAGGGGAAGGGGAAGGGGGAGGCGAAGGUGAAAGACGGAAGUGGGGCGGAGAAGAAAGAAGAAAAGAAGGGGAGCCUUUCGCAAAGGCUGAGGAAGGCUCUGCAUUUGGCUCCGAGAUCGGUGGUGAAAGAUGGGGUUGUUGCGCCUCCGUUUCAUCCGAUAUUGUGA